CUCCCACAGGCUACCCUGCACACUGCGGCCGCAGACUGCAGAGGAGCGGACUGAUCUGGGAGGUUGGAGCGCGGCGGCAGGGGAAAAAAACAAGAUUUGCACUGGAACCAAUUUAUCUCCCUCUGGUUGUGAAAUAAACUUUGCACAAGGAGCACCUGUAACCUCAUUCUGCAAAAGCCGAGUGGCUCAUAUUUAACAGUAAUGUCCGGCAGCACUAUAGCCAGGGUGCUGGUUGCGCUCUGCAUCGGGAGCGCGGUGAACUGUAUGCCCAAAUCCGCUCACAGGAGUCGGCGACAGGGUCAGCAGCAUCAGGUCCCCUCAGCCUCUCAGGAUGGGUGUAUAGAGAAUGGUCAGUUCUAUGCUAUAAAUGACCAAUGGGAACGGCCGUAUUUAGGCAGCACUCUUAUCUGUACCUGCCAUGGAGUCGCUGGCAUCAAGUGUAAAAGCAAACCAGAAGCAGAGGAAAAGUGCUUUGAUAAGAUCAACCAGCUGUCCUACACUGUGGGAGAAACCUAUGAAAGACCAAAGGAAGGCAUGAUCUGGGACUGUACCUGUAUCGGUUCAGGGAGGGGCAAGAUCAGCUGCACCAUUGCCAACCGCUGUCAUGAGGGUGGGGCUUCAUAUAAGAUCGGAGACACCUGGAAGAGACCCCACGAAACAGGAGGCUACGUGUUGGAGUGUGUGUGUCUGGGUAAUGGGAAGGGAGAGUGGACCUGCAAACCUGUGGCGGAGCGUUGUUAUGACAACUCGGCGGGAACCUCCUAUGUUGUCGGGGAGACUUGGGAGAAGCCAUACCAGGGAUGGAUGGUGGUGGACUGCACCUGUAUGGGAGAGGGAAGUGGACGCAUCACAUGCACCUCCAGAAAUCGCUGUAACGACCAGGAUACUGUGACCUCUUACCGUAUUGGGGAUACCUGGACAAAGACAGACGCCCGAGGCCACUCACUCCAGUGUCUGUGCACUGGGAACGGACGAGGGGAGUGGAAGUGUGAGCGACAUGCUUCACUUCACACCACUGGCCUGGGUACUGGCUCUCGUGUGAUCACUAACAUCCAGCCUGCGGUCUACCAGCCUGCCAGUGUGUCUGAGGUUCCCCAGGAAGGACCCUGUCGAACGGAUGCAGGACUUUCUUACUUCAUUGGCCAACGCUGGAUGAAGAACCAGGGAGCCAAGCAGUUGAUCUGUACCUGUCUUGGGAAUGGAAUCAGCUGUGUGCAGUGGGAUGGACCUUCUCCAGUGUAUGGUGGCAACUCCGGAGGUCAGCCCUGUGUGUUUCCCUUUGUCUACAAGGGCAAGACCUACCAUUCAUGUAUCUCUGAUGGGCGCAGUGAUGGACAGCUCUGGUGUUCCACCUCCUCUGACUAUGAGACAGAACAGAAAUAUUCUUUCUGUACUGAGAAAAAUGUAAUGGUGGUGACACGAGGCGGUAAUUCAAAUGGUGCUCUGUGCCAGUUCCCCUACCUCUAUAAUGGAAGAAACUACACGGACUGUACUGCUGAUGGACGUAGAGACGGCAUGAAGUGGUGUGGCACAACGACAGACUAUGAUGCAGAACAUCGCUUUGGCUUCUGUCCUAUGGCUGCUCAUGAAGAAGUGUGUACAACCAAUGAAGGGGUGAUGUACCGUGUGGGAGACCAGUGGGAAAAACGGCACGAAGUUCUGGGUCACAUGAUGCGUUGUACAUGCGUCGGCAAUGGCAGAGGAGAAUGGAGUUGUGUUGCUUACUCCCAGCUUAAAGACCAGUGUGUUGUAGAUAGUCUGACCUAUGAGGUGAACCAAACCUUCACCAAACAACACGAGGAGGGCUACACCAUGAACUGCACCUGCUUUGGACAGGGACGUGGGCGCUGGAAGUGUGAUGCCAUCGAUCAGUGCCAGGAGCCGGAGACGAGAGCCUUCUAUAAGAUCGGAGAGUCUUGGGAUAAAGUCAUCCAAGGAGUCCUGUACAAGUGCUACUGCUAUGGCAACGGCAUCGGAGAGCUCAGCUGCGAGCCCCAGCAGUCCUACCCCGGUGGUACCCGUCCUGUCCAGGUGAUCAUAACUGAGUCUGGCAACCAACCCAACUCCCACCCUAUUCAGUGGAACGCGCCACAGUCUGCCCACAUCACCCAGUACAUCCUCAAAUGGAAAGUGAAAAACACUAAUAACCCAUGGAGAGAGGUGCUAAUCCCCGGCCACCUGAACUCCUACACCAUCUCAGGGCUGAAAUCGGGCAUCACCUACGAGGGUCAACUGAUCAGUGUGCUGCGGUUUGGACGCCGAGAAAUCACCCGCUUUGACUUCACCACCAAUUAUGGAUCAUUGGCGACAUCAGAAGGCGAGACCGACCUGCUUCCGGCUGAGAUUGACACCUCAGAGUCGGUGACUGAAAUUACCUCCAGCAGCUUUGUCAUCUCCUGGGUUUCCGCCUCCGACACGGUGUCUGGUUUUAGAGUGGAGUAUGAGCUCAGUGAGGAGGGACGGGCGACUGGGGAACCCCUGGUGCUAGACCUGCCCCACACAGCUACCUCAGUGAACAUUAAUGAGCUUCUGCCUGGGAGGAAGUACACUGUUAACGUCUAUGAGGUUACAGGAACCGGAGAUGACAACCUCAUUCUCUCUACUACACAAACCACAGCACCUGAUGCUCCUGUUGAUCAUGAAGUGGAUGCGGUAGGAGAAACGUCCAUCAAGAUCAGCUGGGAAAAACCAGUGGCUCCAAUCACUGGCUAUCGUGUGGUCUACACGCCUUCACUAGAAGGUGAAAGCACUGAACUGACUCUCCCUGACACGGCAACAUCUGUGACACUGAGUGACCUGCGACCCGGGAAGCUGUACAACAUCAGUAUCUACGCUGUUGAAGACAGCCUGGAGAGCGAGCCUAUCUUUGUACAGGUCAACACCGCUGGAAAUCCACUGCCUGAGGUUCCUUCUCCUACAGACCUGCAGUUCUUCGAGGUGACGGACAACAAAAUAGUUCUGACCUGGACCGGCCCAUCCGGCUCCAUCUCUGGUUACCGGGUUACCGCUCUCCCUGUGGAGGAGGGACACGAUUCGAUUUCGAUGCUGAUAACUCUUCCUGUAACACAAAAUGCCUACAUGGAAGUUACUAACCUAGUUCCAGGAAAACUGCACCGCUUCAGUGUCUACACCCUUCAAGGCAGAGAGGAGAGUCUACCACUUAUUGGGGAGCAAACCACUAAGCCUGACGCUCCGAGAUAUAUCCGUUUCACCGAGGUGACUGAGGACAGUGCUGUGAUGAUGUGGUCCGCCCCUCAUGGGAAAAUCACCGGCUACCGUCUCUUCCUGACUGUGGAGGGCUCCAACCCCAAGCAGCUGCGCCUGCCCGCCCGCCUCUCUCAGUACACCCUCCUGAGCCUGAGGCCUGCUACCAAGUACACUGCUACGCUACAUUCAGAGCAGGAGAACACGCUGAGUAGAGGAGAGAGCGCUGUGUUUACCACCACACUGCCUACAAAUGUAUUUUUUCUUCCAGAACUGCCUGGUACGAAGUACACUGGGAACGACUUUGAGGUUACAGAUAAAGGUGAGGACAACCUCUUUCUCUCUACAACACAAAGCACAGCACCUGAUGCUCCUGCUGAUUAUGAAGUGGGUACGGUGGGAGAAACUUCCAUCAAGAUCAGCUGGGAAAAACCAGUGACUCCAAUCACUGGCUAUCGUGUGGUCUACACGCCUUCACUAGAAGGUGAAAGAUCGGAGGUGACUCUCCCUGACACGGCAACAUCUGUGACGCUGAGUGACCUCCUACCUGGGAAGCUGUACAACAUCAGUAUCUACUCUGUGGAGGACAGCCUGGAGAGCAAGCCUCUCUUUGUACAGGUCAACACCGCUGGAAAUCCACUGCCUGAGCCUGACGCUCCGAGAUAUAUCCGUUUCACCGAGGUGACUGAGGACAGUGCUGUGAUGAUGUGGUCCGCCCCUCAUGGGAAAAUCACCGGCUACCGUCUCUUCCUCACUGUGGAGGGCUCCAACCCCAAGAAGCUGCGCCUGCCCGCCCGCCUCUCUCAGUACACCCUCCUGAGCCUGAGGCCUGCUACCAAGUACACUGCUACGCUACAUUCAGAGCAGGAGAACACGCUGAGUAGAGGAGAGAGCGCUGUGUUUACCACCAAACUGCCUGGUACGAAGUACACUGGGAACGUCUUUGAGGUUACAGAUAAAGGUGAGGACAACCUCUUUCUCUCUACAACACAAAGCACAGCACCUGAUGCUCCUGCUGAUUAUGAAGUGGGUACGGUGGGAGAAACUUCCAUCAAGAUCAGCUGGGAAAAACCAGUGGCUCCAAUCACUGGCUAUCGUGUGGUCUACACGCCUUCACUAGAAGGUGAAAGAUCGGAGGUGACUCUCCCUGACACGGCAACAUCUGUGACGCUGAGUGACCUCCUACCUGGGAAGCUGUACAACAUCAGUAUCUACUCUGUGGAGGACAGCCUGGAGAGCAAGCCUCUCUUUGUACAGGUCAACACCGCUGGAAAUCCACUGCCUGAGCCUGACGCUCCGAGAUAUAUCCGUUUCACCGAGGUGACUGAGGACAGUGCUGUGAUGAUGUGGUCCGCCCCUCAUGGGAAAAUCACCGGCUACCGUCUCUUCCUGACUGUGGAGGGCUCCAACCCCAAGCAGCUGCGCCUGCCCGCCCGCCUCUCUCAGUACACCCUCCUGAGCCUGAGGCCUGCUACCAAGUACACUGCUACGCUACAUUCAGAGCAGGAGAACACGCUGAGUAGAGGAGAGAGCGCUGUGUUUACCACCAAACUGCCUGGUACGAAGUACACUGGGAACGACUUUGAGGUUACAGAUAAAGGUGAGGACAACCUCUUUCUCUCUACAACACAAAGCACAGCACCUGAUGCUCCUGUUGAUUAUGAAGUGGGUACGGUGGGAGAAACUUCCAUCAAGAUCAGCUGGGAAAAACCAGUGGCUCCAAUCACUGGCUAUCGUGUGGUCUACACGCCUUCACUAGAAGGUGAAAGAUCGGAGGUGACUCUCCCUGACACGGCAACAUCUGUGACACUGAGUGACCUCCUACCUGGGAAGCUGUACAACAUCAGUAUCUACUCUGUGGAGGACAGCCUGGAGAGCAAGCCUCUCUUUGUACAGGUCAACACCGCUGGAAAUCCACUGCCUGAGCCUGACGCUCCGAGAUAUAUCCGUUUCACCGAGGUGACUGAGGACAGUGCUGUGAUGAUGUGGUCCGCCCCUCAUGGGAAAAUCACCGGCUACCGUCUCUUCCUCACUGUGGAGGGCUCCAACCCCAAGCAGCUGCGCCUGCCCGCCCGCCUCUCUCAGUACACCCUCCUGAGCCUGAGGCCUGCUACCAAGUACACUGCUACGCUACAUUCAGAGCAGGAGAACUCACUGAGUAGAGGAGAGAGCGCUGUGUUUACCACUAAUUCUUCAAUGGGCAGCGCUCCUAAAUUCAGCACUGAUGUGACUGACACCUCCAUUGUAAUCUCCUGGACUCCAGUUCCCCGUGUUGGAUACAAGCUGACGGUGCGUCCCAGUCAGGGUGGAGAAGCCCCCAGAGAUGUGACCUCUGACUCAGGAAGUAUUUACGUUUCAGGUCUGACUCCAGGGGUGGAGUACACCUACAGCGUCCAGCCAGUUAUUAACGGACGUGAGCAGGGAACCGCGAUCACUCGGCGCGUUGUAACACCUCUGUCUCCUCCUACUGAUCUGAACCUGAAGUCUAACCCAGGCACCGGAGAGCUCACAGUCCAAUGGACCGAGGCCAGUACACCAGACAUCACGGGCUACAGAGUGAUGUGCACUCCCACCAAUGGGCAGCAGGGAGACAGCAUGGAGGAGUUUGUGGAGGCAGGUCAGAACUCCUGCACCCUGGAGAAUCUCAGUCCAGGACUGGAAUACAACAUCAGCGUUGUCACUGUGAAGGGCGAUAUGGAGAGCAUUCCCAUUUCAACUACCAUUACACCAGAAGUCCCACAGCUGACAGACCUCACAUUUAAGGAUGUGAGCGACACCACCAUUAGCCUCCUCUGGUCGCCGCUCAACACCACAGCCAUCACCGGUUACAGGAUCGUGGUGGUAGCGGCCGGCGAGAGCGUGCCCAUCUUCGAAGACAUUGUUCUGCCAACGACUGGUCAAUAUACUGUCUACGGACUGGAGCCUGGCAUCGACUAUGACAUCAGCGUGAUCACGGUGACGGAGAACGGCGAGAGCGAACCCAUCGUCAUCACUCAGCACACCGCUGUACCAGCACCCACUAGCUUGGGCUUUGGCCAGGUUGGGCCAGACAGCAUUGAAGUCAACUGGGUCGCUCCCUAUUUUCCCAACUCUGCUGAAAUCAACAACUUCCUCAUCAGGUAUCAUCCCAUUGACGAUGAAGAUGACAUCACAGAGACCAGCGCAGAAGGCAACAGGAACAGUGUGGUGCUAAGGAACUUGCUGCCAAACACAGAGUAUCUGGUGAGCGUGGUGUGUGUGUACGAGGAGAGAGAGAGCUCGCCCCUCGUCGGAACCAAGAAAACAGUUCUGGAUUCACCGGUCGGCCUGCGCUUCUCUGAGGUCUUCACCAACUCCUUCACCAUCAACUGGCUCGCUCCCCAGAGCAAAAUCACUGGGUACCGUAUCCGCCACCUGAUGGUCAGCGGAGGGAGGACCAAGGACGAGAGGCUGCCCCCGUCCAGGAACCACUUCACCCUGACGGGACUCACCGCUGACACGGGGUACUUGGUCAACAUCUACGCUGUGAGUGGGUCCCAAGAGAGCCUGCCGCUCACUGGGACACAGAAGACAAUCUCUGAUGCUCCCACAGACCUGGAAGUGCUCGACUCCUCCCCCACCAGCAUCACUGUCCGGUGGGACGCCCCCCCUGUCACCGUGCGCUACUACAGGAUCACUCAUGGAGAGUCUGGAGGUCACAGUAAUCCUAAGGAGUUCACAGUCCCUGGCUCCCAGUCCACCGCCACCAUCAACAACCUGAAGCCCGGUACUGACUACACCAUCACCGUCUACGCUGUGACCGGGAGAGGAGACAGCCCCGCGUCCAGCACUCCAAUCUACGUCAUGCACAAGACAGGUGUCGACUCUCCCUCUGAAAUGGAGGUGAUGAACGUGAAGGACAACAGUAUCACAGUGAGGUGGAGCCCUGCCCAGGGCCCCAUCAAGGGAUACAGGGUGACUGGGGUCCCCAAGAAUGGACAGGGACCGUCUUUUGCUGAGGUGGUGGCUCCAGACCAGACAGAGAUGACUUUCUCAGGACUGAUGCCCACAGUAGAGUACGUUUUGAGUGUGUACGCUUUUGGACAAGAUGGAGAGAGCUCUCCAAUGGUGGUGAAUGCUUUAACAAAUAUAGACCACCCUAAGGACCUUACCUUCUCCGACAUCGACUCCACCUCGCUGCGGAUCACCUGGGACAGCCCUGAGGGAAUCGUCACAUCAUACCGGGUCUUCUAUUCCAGUUCAGAGGAGGGAGAGAGAGAGCUGCGCCCUGCCCCCCGGGCAGAUGCCGAGUCUGCAAUCAUCUACGGUCUGUCGCCAGGCACUGAAUACACCGUGAAGGUCGUCGCUGUGCACGAUGACACAAACAGCACACCAUUGGUCGGCAUACAAGCUACAGCCAUCUCACCCCCCACCAACCUCCAGUUCUCUUCCAUUAGCCCCACCUCUUUCACUAUGACCUGGUCCCUGCCUCGUCAGGAAAACAGACUCACUGGCCUGACAGGCCUCACGGGCUACCGGGUGGUGGUGAACCCAAAGAGCAAGAGCGGCCCCACCAAGGAGCUGAACCUGGCCCCGGACGCCACUCAGGCACACAUCUCUGGACUCAUGGUUGCAACUGCCUAUGAAGUCCAUGUUUACGCCUUGAAAAACUCUCUGACCAGCCGGCCAGUCCAGGGAGAGGUCACUACUCGAGAGAAUAUCAGCCCCCCUCGUCGUGUGCGCAUCUCCGACGUCAACGACUCUUCCAUCACGCUGACCUGGCGCGCCAAGACAGAAACCAUCUCUGGCUUCCUGGUUGAGACCACUCCCACCUCCCCCGCUUCAGGCUACACACCCAUUACAAGGACCAUUGGCCCCGAGUCACGCUCAUAUGUUAUCACAGGUCUGGAACCAGGCACCAAAUACAAGAUUAACAUCUAUACACUGAAAGGGAGCGGACGCAGCACUCCUCUCACACUCACUGCCACCACAGCCAAACCAGUGGUCAUCCCGCCCACCAGCAUCCGCUUCACCUCCCUGAACCCCACCAGCAUCUCCUUCAGCUGGCAGCCAUCACGCAGUCCAGGGGUAACCGGAUAUUACGUGACUUAUGAGGAGGCCGGGGGUCUGCCUCGAGAGGUUACCCCCAGACCUCACGCAGGCCAGAGCUACGCCAUCAUCAAUGGUCUGAAACCAGGAACAGAGUAUGUCAUUAAGAUUGUGGCUCUGCAGAAUGCUCUGAGAAGCACAUCUCUUGUGGGAAAAGCCAGAACACAGCCAGCUCCAGAUCACCAUCUACUGGUCAUCCCUGAGCUGCCCCUGCUGCCUCUCCCUCACAGACCCACCGCUGACAUCCUGGAUGUUCCAGACUCCUUCAACGACAAGAUCUUUGACACCAACCAGGUUCACUUCACUGGUACUAGUGGCCUGAACCAACCAGGCCAGCAGGGCCAGCACAUCUACACUGAGUACCAGAGCCUGGGCCCUAACAACGGUCUCCAUGGCCCCUUCAGCGGCCCCAGAGAAGGCCAGAGACCCACUCUCAGAGAGCCUCUGAUCUACAUUCCUGUAGCAGGCCCCGAUGGAAACAGAGUUCCCUUGGUCAAGGUGAGUGAUGGUCCCCUGCCAGGUCUUGCGUUUGGUUUCCCUGACAAUGAAACAGAGAUACCCCAAGAAGCACAGACUAUCACAACUAUCUCCUGGUCUGGCAUUCCUCACACUUCAGAGUACGAGGUGUCUUGUAAUCCUAUCACACACACGGAGGAAGGAGCAUUCCAGAUGCGUCUUCCUGGCACCUCAAACAGCGCCACUCUGAUUGGAUUGACAUCUGGAGCAUCCUAUAAUGUCCUUGUAGAGGCCAUGAGGGGCGGGGCUAAGGAGAAGGUUUUGGAGGAAGUCGUUACGGUUGGCAAUGCUGUUCCAGGUGACAUCCCCGUCGCCACCAACCGGGACGUGUGUUACGACAUAUUCACACAGACCUACCACGAGGUGGACUCAGAGUGGGAGCGUAUGUCUGAGACGGGCUUCAAGCUGUGGUGCCGCUGCAUUGGGCUGGGCAGCGGCCACUUUAGAUGUGAUUCAUCCAAGUGGUGUCACGACAACAAUAACAACUACCGCAUCGGCGAGAAGUGGGACCGCCAGGCUGAGAAUGGUCACAUGAUGAGCUGCACCUGUCUGGGCAAUGGCAAAGGAGAAUUCAAAUGUGAACCCCAUGAGUCGACAUGUUAUGACGAUGGGAAAAUGUACCAUGUAGGAAACCAGUGGCAGAAGGAAUACCUGAACGCCAUCUGUACCUGCACCUGCUACGGAGGACAACAGGGCUGGCGCUGUGAGAACUGCAGAAGGCCGGGAACACACACUGAUGUGGACGCUGGCCUCCUUCAACCUGUUAAUACGGAUGUUUUCGACCGCUACAGAGAAAACGCUCUACGCAAACUGAACAUCCAUUGUCCGAUUGAAUGUUUGAGGCCAGAGCUGUACGCUGACGCCAACCCCCCCUCAGAUUAGAGAAGAGGCGAGCAUGAAAAAAGGAGGAUGAGGAAGUGAGACCCCUUACAGCGUCACUACCAUUUCAAGAAGGAAGCCUCCACCUGUUUUCAUUUGAAGAAGACAUUUCCAUCUGAUCUGUACCUUAAAGGUUUCCCCCGCACCAAAUUUGAGUGCCUUUUUAAAAGACUUUACUACACCACCCUCUGUGCCUUUUCAAAGAUCCGUCCAACUUUUCAUGUUGGUUUUUAACUUCUUCAGCAGAAUCAAGAAUUUCGUUAUCUAAUCAAAUUUCUUCCUCACUUUGCUAGAGCACAACACCUGCUGCUUUAUCACCCCUAACCUGCCUACCCCAUCCCAAUUAAAUGUUGCUUUUGGAAAAAUGUCAGUAUUUCAAAACAUUCCAUGACCAUUAGUUUCCCUUUUGAUUAAGAGAAAACACAAUGUGCCUGGUUUUAUGGAAUUAGGAUCUCUGGUAAUAACUGUAGCCACAUCUGUUGCUUUUAUGAUGCAUUUGAGACUCACUAUGACUAUUGUAUGUUCAGGAAAUGUUAAGAUAUUAGGUAAACACAUUUCCAAAUCAGCAGUGUGGGUUUAUUGCAAAGGAUUUCCAAAGCCAUACAUUGAUUCCCAUUGAGUUAUUUUUACAAAACAAGAAAUUCAUAACAACAAGCCUGAGAUAAGCACUGUUACUUUUGAGUUAGUAUUAGAAACAAAUCGUUGCAUUGCCAUUAUUACAGCACAGAGAAGUCACACCAUUUAGAUGUGAUUCUGUGAUUCAUGAUGUGGGUAUUUUGAAAGUACAUAAGGUGUAGCACCCAUAAAAUCAAUGAAGCAAAAGCUGACUGACCAAAAGUGAAACUGUAAUUUCAAAAACAAUAUUGUAAAAUUCACCAUUAUUUCCAAGUGAAAUGCAUUUUAAUUACAUAAAUGUUUGUAUUUCUUGUUUAUUUUUAAUUCAUUCUUUUAUUUAUCCCUUUUAUUCAGGCAUUUUGUUCAAUGCUUUUUUAGGGUGUACACUUUAUUUUUGUUUAACUUGUUUUUAUAUUGUUGGUGCCAAAAUCUGAACUACUGUGGACUGAAUCUUUUUAAUAAACUGAAAAAAACCCAAGCCAAA